UGAACUCAAAUCUAUAUGAGCAAAAUCGGUUGUCAAAACUCAGAAGGACUAGAGAGGGAGACCAGUGAGCGUUGUCACAUGAUUUCAUGUGCCGGCCCCGAUUCCUCUCCUUUGUAAUUUCAUUCUUUUCUUUGAGUCGUAAUUACAAAUACAGCCCCCAAUGUUUUCUCCAAUUCCAAGCCUGUUAUUUUAAUAUGUUUAGCAAAGCAAAAAUAAUACGUCAUAUGAAGAGCUCCUCCCACUCAAAGCUGUAAUACUCUCCCUGCUCUUGUUCUACAGAGAUGCAGAUUUUCGAAUCGUCUAAAAUAUAGAUAAAAACGAGAUAUUGCCGUCUUUGCUUCAGUCUUUCUUCUUAUAAGGUUAUAAGGAUGGUGUGAGGACUGGGGACAGCGCGGCUAGGCUUCAGAAGAGAAGCGCGCAAUAAUUCGAAAGAAGUUUAGAUGGCGACAAGACCCAUUUGGGUGAUUUCUCUAUCCAAUCUGAGAGAUGGGUUGUUCUGAAUUCUGGAUUUGAUUGUGAAUCGUGGAAUAUAUCUUUACAAGAUGCGGCGAAGGGCGACCGACUACCGGCGCCCAGUCCGAAGGAGGUUUUCUAGUUGGAUCUGGGGGCUUCUUGGUUUGUUCUUAGUUGCAGCUCUGGUGCUGUUUGUUGUUCAUCAUCAUCAUGACUACCGGGUUGAACAGCCGGUAGAGGAGAAUACAAAGGCUAAACUUGUUUCAAGUGAGGGUUUAAAUUUUACAGAAGAACUAUCAAGUGUGACAUCAUUUGCCAGGCAGUUAAGUGAUCAGAUGACACUUGCCAAGGCUUAUGUAAUAAUUGCAAAAGAGCACAAUAACCUUCAGCUUGCUUGGGAGCUGAGCUCAAAAAUAAGGAGUUGCCAACUUUUGCUUUCAAAAACUGCCAUGGAAGGAGAACCUAGCAUAUUGGAUGAAGCACAACAAAUAAUUGAAAGCCUGACAGCACUGAUCUACAAGGCACAAGAUGCUCAUUAUGAUAUUGCCACUACAAUAAUGACAAUGAAGUCCCACGUGCAAGCUCUUGAGGAGCGUGCAAAUGCAGCUACUGUACAGAGUGCAGUUUUUGGGCAGUUGGCUGCAGAGUCUCUACCCAAGAACCUCCACUGCCUGAAUAUCAAGCUAACGAUUGAUUGGCUUAGAAGUUCAACCAUUCGGGAGCUUGCCAAUGAGAAUAAUAACUCCCCCCGCCUUGUGGAUAAUAAUCUCUACCAUUUUUGCAUAUUUUCAGAUAAUGUGCUAGCAACCUCAGUAGUCGUUAACUCAACCGUCUCCAAUGCUGACCAUCCAAAGCAGCUCGUCUUUCACAUUGUCACAAAUGCGAUCAGCUAUGGGGCAAUGCAAGUAUGGUUUCUCAGUAAUGACUUCAAAGGGUCCACCAUAGAAGUUGAGAACAUUGAAGAGUUCUCAUGGUUGAAUGUCACCUAUUCUCCUGUUAUGAAACAGCUUCUUGAUGCAGAAACACAAACUUACUACUUUGGGGGAUUUCAAGAAGGUGAAGCAAAAUUUCGGAAUCCAAAAUAUCUAUCUUUGCUUAACCACCUAAGGUUUUACAUUCCAGAAAUAUAUCCCUUACUGGAGAAGGUGGUAUUUUUGGAUGAUGAUGUUGUUGUACAGAAGGAUCUGACCCCUCUAUUUUCACUGGAUUUGCACGGAAAUGUGAAUGGAGCCAUAGAGACUUGCCUUGAGACAUUCCAUCGCUAUUACAAAUAUCUCAACUUCUCCAAUCCAGUCAUCAGCUCAAAGUUUGAUCCACAGGCCUGUGGAUGGGCAUUUGGAAUGAAUGUUUUUGAUCUGAUUGCAUGGAAGAAGACAAAUGUGACUGCAAGGUAUCACUACUGGCAGGAACAAAAUUCUGAUCGGUCACUCUGGAAGAUGGGAACUCUUCCUCCUGGCCUUUUGGCAUUUUAUGGAUUGACAGAGCCGCUUGAUAGGAGAUGGCAUGUACUAGGGUUGGGGUAUGCCUUGAACAUUGACAACCGUCUGAUUGAGAGUGCAGCCGUCAUUCACUUUAAUGGGAAUAUGAAGCCAUGGCUGAAGUUGGGUAUCAGCAGGUACAAGCCUCUAUGGGAACGGUAUGUAAACCAUACACACCCAUUUCUCCAAGAUUGCUUCAUAAGUUGAGAAUGUGGUAGUUUUGUUUCUUGGUCAAUUUGAUGCAAUAGUAGAUAUCUUGGGCUUCUCAAGAAAUGGUCAUUCUUGUAGAGUCAAAAUCAAAAGUUUUCCCUUCAUAGAAGCUUUUCUUUUUAUGUUUUGUUUGGAAAGGCAAAAAAAUCUCAUACAUCAGAAAUCAUGAAUCACUAGAUCUAGGGGUAUGGGGGAAUUCUUUCUUGGUUUAUAGGGCCCUCUCGGGGGGUUCUAGGAUAAUUUAUUCAAUAUCAAAUUUUGUAAUAAUUUAUCUGCUCUUUUGGAUUAGAAUUUAGAAUGUAUUUGGAACCAAAAUUUUUGUAAUUCAACCAGAUGAGCUGGA